CAAUCACAGCAAAGCAGGUCGAGUCUCUGCCCAGAACACGGAAGCAGUUUUUGAAAGUCAUGUAAUAAUUAUGACAGUGACAGUGCAUCUGCGUGUUGUUUUAAAGCUAGCUGCUACCUCUGAUUGACUCGUGAGAAACUUAGGCUUUUAAACUUUGUGGCGUCAUGGCGCAAAGUGUCUCCUAUCCAGUGAAACUUUACAUUUACGACAUCUCCAGAGGCAUGGCUCGUCAGCUGAGUUUACAGAUGUUGGGAAAGCAGGUGGAUGGGAUAUGGGUGGCACCAUACUGGGACAGCCAGACCUUGUGGUGGACAUGGGCUCUACUGAGGUGCCUGAAGACAUUUUUACAGAGUAUCUCACAUCACUGUCUGAAUCCACAUACAGCGGUGACAAGUACAAUGUGUUUCAACACAACUGCAACUCGUUCAGCAGUGACGUGGCUCAGUUCCUCACUGGCAGAAAGAUCCCGUCGUACAUCACAGACCUUCCAUCUGAAGUCCUGUCCACGCCGUUCGGUCAGCUUCUCCGUCCCUUUUUGGAUUCCAUGGCCAUAAAUCCUGCAGGCAACAACAGAACUGGACUGUGAUGGACAGAAAUGUAUUUGGACCUUAUUUUGAUGCCUCCACCCUGGCGGAGGCUGCUGUUCCCUGGUUGUCAUUUCUGUGGCUCCUUUAGUUUUAAAACAGUCGGCGUGUGUCAACACACACAUGAUAUUAAACUUUAACAGUGAAAUGAGCUGAAGGGAUUCAGAUGAAUCAGUUUUUAUAGAUAAUGUCUUAGUUUUGUUGAACAGACUGUAGGUAAUAUUUUUUUAUUGUCCUGGUCAAAAUGAUAAGAUGAAACUUUUAACACUCUGAGUCUGACUCAGUUAAACAGGUUUUUAUAUAAAACACAUAUUUAUCAGUAAAUCCUAAGGUUUUUUUUACUGUUAAACCUGAGCUUAUUCAGGAAGGUUUAAUAACAUCUUUGAACACAGGAACUGUCAAACCUUAUUUCGUCUUCCCUUGAGUUAAUUCACACUGUUAUAUAUCUGCUUUAUGUAAGUGAGACAGUGUAAAACAGUGUUUCUAUAGAAGCAGAACCAGGUCACAUGUUGCUGCUCAGGUCUGCACUGAAACUUUCUUUAAUUAAUCUGUUUUGUGGAACUUAUUAUCUGUCGCUGCUUGAUUCUAACAGAGACAUGUCUGCGGUCCAAUACAUGGACAGAAAUUGUAUUUAAUGAAUUUAAUGCCUUAAAGGCAAUUUAUUAUCUUUGAUUUGUAUGUAUCGUUUGAAAUAUUUCUUUCUUAAUAAUCUAGAUUUUACAUUACAAUUUAUGAAAAAGCAAAUGAUUAAUCUACCAAAAGAAAUGUAAAAAAUGAUUUGUACAUUGUUAUUUUUUGACAGUAAACCUUUAUUCUGUUGUAAUAAAAAGAUCUGUAUUUCA